AUGAAAGAAGAAACAGGCUUAACAGACGCAUCAGGAAUGCAGGUGACUGAGUUCCUAAAGGGGAGCGCCAGUGGGGCAGCAGGGAUACAAGGCAAUGUGGAUGGCCUGACGCAGGUGAACAUCAUGACUGCCAAAGGUGUCCUCAAUGUUCAUGUUCAAGACCCAACCCUCAGGAAGUCGGAACAGCCCACACUGGGAGAGGCAAUGAAGGGAAAACACAUGAAGAAGGAAAACCACAAUGACACUGUUUACGAACUUAAAGAUGUUUUGAAUCUGUCUUUCAAAGUAACAAAUUGUUGCAAAUCACUGAGUGCCAGAUAUAGUUUUCAGAAGGCUUACAUGACUGGACUUGUCAGUUCCCCGCCACACUCAGCCAUGUCCAGGAGGAACUCAGCUCACAACCCGCCGUCUCAGCCCAAGGAGACGAGCACAGGCCGGGACGCUCCCCAGGAGGAGGCCAUCCGGAAGUUCGCCAUGCAGCUGAGGCACAUCGGGGACAGCAUCCAGCACAGGAUGGUCCAAGAGGAUCUUCAACAGGAAGGCCGAGAGGCCCUGGCUCAUGUUGUCUUGCUUGUCUAUAGACGGGUUCAGGUGAUGUUCCGCUUUUUUUGGAACAACCAUUUGCUAUAAAAGGGAAGUCAGUGUCCCGUUCUGUUUUUCCCCUGCCUUCUGAGACCCACAGCCGGAAGUGAGGAAGACAGCACGCCCUCUUCUCCCUUCCCCUCAUCAUCAUUCUACUCAGUGGAAGGGAUGUUGAACUGCAGACUCAUGGGCUGUUUGUCCAGAGCAAGCAGCUGAGACAUGUGUAGAAUAAUCCAGAAGCUGGGAGGCCCCGUGUCCACAAAACUGCCAUCUGUGGUGGGAACUUGGAACCUUUCCUUCUCGGAAUGAUGCUGUGUUCCAGAAUCAGGAGCUUUUCCCGGGACCUCUCCGUGGGGAC